CUUCUUGACAGGUAGAACACCUCUGGUUUGGGCAAUUACUUGUAACGGUGGGCAGGUCGAUAUUGUCAGGUAUUUUCUUGAUCAGGGUGCCAAUCCUGAAAAUGUCGACAUUAAAGGGUUUACUCCUCUCCAUGAGGCCGUCAAAAAUGGGUACUGUGAAGUAGUAGAACUCUUGCUAUCUAGAGGCGCUUUUGUCGAUCCAUUUUCUACUUAUCAUGGGACACCGUUGCAUGUUGCCGCUAAACAUAAGCAGGAUGGCGCCAUGAAGAUUUUGUUGGAUCAUCAUGCAGAUCGCAACAGGAUUCUAAACAAUUUAUAUUCACCUCUCAUGAUUGCUAUCAAUAGCCACUCAGUGAAAUGUGUGAACCUACUGCUAGAGGCUGGUGCCGACGUGAAUGGUAUUCGUGGUUCAACCCCCUUGCAUGCUGCUGCAAUAAAUGGCCUAACUGACAUCUUCAAGCCCCUAUUGGAUGCUGGUGCAGAUCCCAAUGUUCGAAAUGAAUAUGGUCUCAGGCCAAUACAACACGCGGCAUAUUCUGGUACACGCAAAGGUGUAGAGAUCCUGUUUGAAGUUACUUCUCGUAUUCCAGCUAUACAUGAUUGGAGCAUUGAUGGAAUAAUUAGUCAUGUAAAGUCACUGCCCAAGUUGGAGGAUCUCCCUUUGUAUAAAAUGUCAAGAGCUGAGUUGAAAGAAGAAGGACACAAAGCUUUGCAGAAAGGGGAUUUCAAUGCUGCAAUAGAAUUCUAUAACAUGGCUAUGCUUGUUGAUCCGGAAAACAUUGAUUCAAACUUGUUCGGCACUAGGGGUUUGUGCCGGCUUCUACUGGGAAAUGGAGAGGGUGCUCUAAAUGAUGCCCAUCUUUGCAGGGCAAUAAGACCUGAUGCAGAUUCAUGCUGGCUGCAGGGCUACUCACAUUUGCAACUAAAGGAGUACGAAAAGGCAUGCGGCGCAUUUCUGGAUGGUCUCAAACUGAAGCCAUGUUUUGCUGGAAUCGAGAAGGGGUUAAGGCAAGCUCUGAGUUUAUUGAAAGACUCUCACGCUGACAAGAAGAACGGCAUAGAGGGGCGAUAUCGUGAAGCACGUCUUUUCCUUUGGUGAGAUCAAUUUGACUAAUAACAAGUCUGAUGCCUUGACUCUUGUGACAACUCGCCUGCUGCGUGCGCGCUGAAGAAGGUGGUGCUUGAUGCCCUGUAGGUUCAUUUUGUGUAGUCUGCGGCUGCAACCCUGAACAUUUGGCCGGUCAUGGAUACUGACUGUGUAGUGCUAGAAAGCAGAAGCUGUUGCGCUCUGAGGUGACAUGGUUGUGAUGAUUCCUCUGGGUAUGAGUACAUCUUUUUUAGGGUAAAGAGAGCUCUAUUAAUUAUAUAGAAAGGGUAUUACAAUCUUGGAAGAUGUGUACAUA